GCGCAGCUGUUUCGAUGACAAUAUUACAUGCAAAUGCAUUUUGAUGAGUUUCAAAUUACAAUAUUGUGCGGCGUGUUCAGUUUAGAGAUAUGCUGCUGAGAAUGUGUCGCAUCUGCGGAAAAAGCAAUGUUUGUGAUAAAAGUAAAAAUCUAUUUGAACCGAGCAACAGGAAGUUACUGGGGCACAUUCAAAUGCUAACUGGAUUGCGGUUGAGUGCUUUAGAAAAUGCUCCCAUCUCCAUUUGCUUUUGCUGUCAAGCUGACCUUAAGUUGUCCAUGGCUUUUCGGCGGCUUUGCAUCAAAACGCAAAAGAAAUGGCAUCCAUCAAUUGAAGUCAAUGAGGAUUCGUCCUUAAGUGAGCAGGAGAGUUUAAGAAAAAGCCCUGUACCAAAACUCCCUCAGAAAUGCAAUGAGCUAUACUUAGACAGCGAUUCAGAUGAGGAACCACAGCAAACCGUGCAAGUUUUAAUUAGAGAAACGAGGAUACACAAACAUUUGAUCAAUGAUGAAACAGCUCAGGAGUACGAUCAUCUCGACUUGAAUUGGAUGCAAGUACAUAAAGAUAUCGAGACCUACGACAUAGACGACAAUGAAGACAUUGAAGACGACGAUAGUGAUGAAAAACAUAUUCCUAACCAACAAAAUAUCGAACAUUCCACACAGCCUCACCAGAAACUCCUGAAAGCGAAUCAGGAGACUGCCAUCUACAUUUGCGAGCUGUGCGGAACACACGUGAAAACAAAAGCCUCUUUUGAGCGCCACAUACGCAAACAUACCGGAGAACGUCCCUUUGGCUGCGAGAAAUGCGAGGCCCGUUUCUUGACGGCAGCUGAACUGCGAUCACAUGGUCUCACCCACACUGGUGACCGACCGUAUCCAUGUCGAUAUUGUGAUCGCCGAUAUGUCAGCUAUAUGGGCCGACUGAAGCACGAAAGACUUCACACCAAUGAGCGUCCAUUUGUGUGUACGGAGUGCGGAAAGGCUUUCACCAAUGCCUACAUUCUCAAGAACCAUAUGCUGGUGCACACGGGUGAACGUCUUUUCAGAUGCGAGCUUUGUGAUCGUUCCUUUCAGCGUAAAACUCAUCUUACCACUCAUUUUCGUUCCAACACGCACAAGCUGAACGUCAAUAAGCAUCAAGAUGCAUUAGAAAUAUCUUAGAUUGCAUACAUAAUGUUAAAAUACUAUAUACAGAUAGAUUUAUAAAUCAAUUUUAAUUAUUUUAUUUUCUUUCAAUUUUAACGCACUUUUUAUAUCAUUCAGCUUUUGUCAAGCAAUAACUGUUCAAUACAAAGAAAUCAUUCAGCUUUUGUCAAGCAAUAACAGUUCAAUACAAAGAAAUCAUUCAGCUUUUGUCAAGCUGUUCAGUUCAAUUUUGAUUGAAGGGAACAGUUUGUUCAAUUUUGUUCAAUCUUCAGAUUGCAAAAGGUGUUCCCAUUAAGAAGUAACACUUUCUUGUAAAAACGAAACUGCGAAAAUUAAUUAAUCGGUAUAUUUUGUAUAUAUUUAUUUGUA